CACUCCAGAUCCGGGUUUUACGUGCCACCCUCAUCCCCCCCGCGCGAGCCCCCUCCCCGGCUCUCGGCGAUCUUGGCGCUCGCCAGCCCGCGGCUCAUUCUGGCCUCGGCUCGGGCCCCGGCUGCGUCCUCCGCGCGCAGGCUGCACGGCCCCCGCGCGCCCGCGCUCCGACCGGCUCUCGGCGCGUCGCCGGGUCGCCUGCUCGCCCGGCACCGCUCCCCCCAGUUCCCAAGAGCGGGGAUGCAGACGCUGCCGCUGGUCCGGGUGGGCGCUGCCGCUGCCGUUGCUGGUUUUUCCCGGACUGCUCGUUGCCUCCGCUCCGACAGCUGCUGCUGCUGCUGCCGCCUGUGACUCGCCCCCUCCCCUUUCUUUCUUCUCUUUUUGCCUCCGUCCUCUGUCUCCGGGUGUGUGCGCGCGCGCGGAUUGCACGGUUUGCUUUGGCAGGAGCUUGCUCGUGUGUGCGCGUGUGUGAGUGUGCGUGUGUGGAGAGCGCCGGAGCCUUGCUCGCUCUCGGAGAGUCGAAGAAGAGAAAGAACCGAAGAGGCGGCGGCGGCGCGGAGCUCGGGGCCGCGCGAUGAAGCUCCCACAUGCCCUCAGCUGCCCGGCCCGGCCGGCGAGCUAAUCCGCCACCCCUCGGGCUCCGGACUCCGCGACCCCCGGGACGCAGCCCUCAGCGGCCAGGCGCCCGCUCCGCCCGCGCGCCCCCACCGUGCACCCGGGAAGGAGUUUGCGUGGCCCUCGCUCCGGCUCUCGGCGCAGGCUGCGGGCGCGAGAGGAGACCCUUCGCCGGGGGAAAACCUCGGGAGAAGGAGGCGGGUUUGGCGGAGAAGCCACCCCAGGCUCUAGCGGCUCCCCCUACCUAUUCCAUUGCUCCCUUUCCCAAGCGGAAAGGAGAGGACGACGAAGAAGAAGAAAAAGAAGGCGAAGGGGGUGGGGUGGGAGAACUGGAUAUAAAGAUCGGCUGGGGGGAUGGUGGAAGAUUUUUGGUCUCUUCAGCAGCGUCUUUCCUUAAGCGGCGGCAGCAGCAGCGGCGGCAGCGUCCGCAGCAGGAGCAGGAGAAGCAGCCUCAGCUAUGACUGCCGCAUGUUACUAGCUGCCGCUUGGGUCUCGGCUGCUGCCGGAGACUGAGCCCGACUCCGAAGUUGUGCAACUGUGGACUGGGAGAGACAUUUGAACCCUCCUCUCUCUUUGCUCCGUUUUUGCCCCCUUGGUGUGUUUGAAGCGAGAACACAUAAAGGAAGACAAACAUUUGGUUCUUUUUUUUUUUUUUUUUCCCGACCUUUCUCCAAGGCUGUGUAGUAGAAGAAAGGGGGAAGGAGAGACUUUCUGUUGUUUCUUUGGCCGGGGUCUCCACCCUCCUGCUGCCUUCUCUGCGCUUUAGUGUCAUUCUUUUGCCGCGUGUGGUGGGGUGUCUUCUCUGGGGCCGGCCGGUCUUUUGCCCCGGGUUCCAUGGCUGGAUUGUGGAAACUGCACCCGGCUGCAGGUUGUUGAACAAACUGAUGGGACGAUCUCAGGGACCGGCGGUUACGAAAGAAAUGUUUAAAUGUUCAGUAAAUCGGAGGAAAAGAACAUGGACUUUUAGCUACUGAAGAGCAAAUUAAGGAUUCAAAUUUGGGAUAUUGGUGUUUCUGUGUUUGAGAAAUUUUUUUUUGAGGGAUUUUUUUUUUUUUAAAUCAUCGGUCUUGGAAUACAGAAGAGGAAUCAGAAAGACACUUAUUUCAUUUCACGUCGUGAACGCUCUCUCUUGAGGCACUCUUACACCCCAGUACACAGCCAUGUGGCCAUCACAGCUGCUAGUCUUCAUGAUGCUUGCAGCACCAAUCAUUCAAGGUGGCAAGCACAGUGAGCGACAUCCAGCCCUUGCUGCCCCACUGCGACAUGCUGAGCGCAGCCCAGGAGGCGCUCUACCACCCAGACAUCUCCUUCAGCAACCAGCAGCAGAGCGUGCCACUACUCAUCGUGGACAAGGGCCCCGUGGAGCUACCAGAGGAGGUCGUGGUCCAGGUGCCCAAGGAGCCCAGAGUGCAGCCCAAGCUUUCAGCCGUGCCCCAAUUCCGAUGGCUGUGGUCCGCAGAGAGCUCUCCUGUGAGAGCUACCCCAUAGAGCUCCGCUGUCCAGGAACGGAUGUCAUCAUGAUAGAAAGUGCCAACUAUGGGAGGACUGAUGACAAAAUUUGUGACUCUGACCCUGCUCAGAUGGAGAAUAUCCGAUGCUACCUGCCAGAUGCCUAUAAGAUUAUGUCUCAAAGGUGCAAUAACAGAACGCAGUGUGCAGUGGUGGCAGGUCCUGAUGUUUUUCCAGACCCGUGUCCAGGAACGUAUAAAUACCUUGAAGUGCAGUAUGAAUGUGUCCCUUACAAAGUGGAACAAAAAGUUUUUCUUUGUCCUGGACUACUAAAAGGAGUAUACCAGAGUGAACAUUUGUUUGAAUCUGACCACCAAUCUGGGGCAUGGUGCAAGGACCCUCUACAGGCUUCUGACAAGAUUUAUUAUAUGCCCUGGACUCCCUACAGAACCGAUACCCUGACUGAGUACUCAUCCAAGGAUGACUUCAUUGCUGGAAGGCCAACUACAACCUACAAGCUUCCUCACAGGGUGGAUGGCACAGGAUUUGUAGUGUAUGAUGGAGCUUUGUUUUUCAACAAAGAGCGCACCAGGAACAUAGUAAAAUUUGAUUUGCGGACUAGGAUAAAGAGUGGAGAGGCGAUCAUAGCAAAUGCCAAUUACCAUGAUACCUCCCCUUACCGAUGGGGAGGCAAAUCUGACAUAGACCUGGCAGUGGAUGAAAAUGGGCUCUGGGUAAUCUAUGCAACAGAACAAAAUAAUGGUAAAAUUGUCAUUAGUCAAUUGAACCCUUACACCCUGCGGAUUGAAGGGACAUGGGAUACUGCGUAUGAUAAAAGAUCAGCUUCCAAUGCAUUUAUGAUUUGCGGGAUUCUGUAUGUGGUCAAAUCUGUAUAUGAGGAUGACGACAAUGAGGCCACGGGGAAUAAGAUUGACUACAUUUACAACACCGACCAAAGUAAGGAUAGUUUGGUGGAUGUACCCUUUCCCAAUUCAUACCAGUACAUAGCAGCUGUGGAUUACAACCCCAGGGACAACCUUCUUUACGUAUGGAAUAAUUAUCACGUCGUGAAAUACUCUUUGGAUUUUGGACCUCUGGAUAGUAGAUCAGGGCAGGCACAUCAUGGACAGGUGUCCUACAUCUCUCCACCUAUUCACCUUGACUCUGAGCUAGAGAGACCCCCUGUUAGAGAAAUCUCUACCACAGGACCUCUUGGCAUGGGAAGCACCACCACCAGUACCACCCUACGGACCACAACAUGGAGCCCAGGCAGAAGUACCACCCCAUCAGUGUCAGGAAGACGAAACCGGAGCACCAGCACCCCGUCUCCAGCUGUGGAGGUGCUUGAUGACAUGACCACACAUCUGCCAUCAGCAUCGUCCCAAAUCCCAGCUCUGGAGGAGAGCUGUGAAGCUGUGGAAGCCCGAGAAAUCAUGUGGUUUAAGACCCGUCAAGGACAGAUGGCCAAGCAGCCGUGCCCUGCAGGAACAAUCGGAGUAUCAACUUAUCUCUGUCUGGCUCCUGAUGGAAUCUGGGAUCCCCAAGGACCGGAUCUUAGCAAUUGUUCUUCUCCUUGGGUCAACCAUAUAACACAAAAGUUGAAAUCUGGAGAGACAGCUGCCAACAUUGCUAGAGAGCUGGCUGAGCAAACAAGAAAUCAUCUGAAUGCUGGAGACAUCACCUACUCAGUCCGCGCCAUGGACCAGCUGGUAGGCCUCUUAGAUGUACAACUCCGGAACUUGACCCCAGGAGGAAAAGAUAGUGCUGCACGGAGUUUGAACAAGCUUCAGAAAAGAGAGCGCUCUUGCAGAGCCUAUGUCCAGGCGAUGGUCGAGACAGUUAACAACCUCCUCCAGCCACAAGCCUCAAAUGCGUGGAGAGACCUGACUAUAAGCGAUCAACUACGGGCAGCGACCAUGUUGCUUGACACUGUGGAGGAAAGUGCUUUUGUGCUGGCUGAUAACCUUUUGAAGACUGACAUUGUCAGGGAGAACACAGACAAUAUUCAAUUGGAAGUUGCAAGGCUGAGCACAGAAGGAAACUUAGAAGACCUAAAAUUUCCGGAAAACAUGGGUCACGGAAGCACUAUCCAGCUUUCCGCAAAUACUUUAAAACAAAAUGGCCGAAACGGAGAGAUCAGAGUAGCCUUUGUCCUAUACAACAACUUGGGUCCUUAUUUGUCCACGGAGAAUGCCAGCAUGAAGUUGGGAACAGAGGCUUUGUCCACCAAUCAUUCUGUUAUCGUCAAUUCCCCUGUUAUUACAGCAGCAAUAAACAAAGAGUUCAGCAAUAAGGUUUAUUUAGCUGAUCCUGUGGUGUUCACUGUUAAACAUAUUAAGCAGUCUGAGGAGAAUUUCAACCCUAACUGUUCAUUUUGGAGCUAUUCCAAGCGCACAAUGACAGGUUAUUGGUCAACACAAGGCUGCCGGCUGCUGACAACAAAUAAGACACACACUACAUGCUCUUGCAAUCACCUAACCAAUUUUGCAGUACUGAUGGCACAUGUGGAAGUUAAGCACAGUGAUGCAGUCCAUGACCUUCUUCUGGAUGUGAUCACGUGGGUUGGAAUUUUGCUGUCACUUGUUUGUCUCCUGAUUUGCAUCUUCACAUUUUGCUUUUUCCGCGGGCUCCAGAGUGACCGUAAUACCAUCCAUAAGAACCUCUGCAUCAGCCUUUUUGUAGCUGAACUGCUCUUCCUGAUCGGGAUCAACCGAACUGACCAACCAAUUGCCUGUGCCGUUUUCGCUGCCCUCUUACAUUUCUUCUUCCUGGCCGCCUUCACCUGGAUGUUCCUGGAGGGAGUGCAGCUCUACAUCAUGCUGGUGGAGGUGUUCGAGAGUGAGCAUUCCCGGAGGAAAUACUUCUACCUAGUGGGCUACGGGAUGCCCGCACUCAUCGUGGCUGUGUCAGCCGCGGUAGACUAUAGGAGUUACGGAACAGAUAAAGUAUGUUGGCUCCGACUUGACACCUACUUCAUUUGGAGCUUUAUAGGACCAGCGACCUUGAUAAUUAUGCUUAAUGUAAUCUUCCUUGGGAUUGCUCUAUAUAAAAUGUUUCAUCAUACUGCCAUUCUGAAACCUGAAUCGGGCUGCCUUGAUAAUAUCAACUAUGAGGAUAACAGACCCUUCAUCAAGUCAUGGGUUAUAGGUGCAAUAGCUCUUCUCUGCCUAUUAGGAUUGACCUGGGCCUUUGGACUCAUGUAUAUUAAUGAAAGCACAGUCAUCAUGGCGUAUCUCUUCACCAUAUUCAAUUCUCUACAGGGAAUGUUUAUAUUCAUUUUCCAUUGUGUCCUACAAAAGAAGGUACGAAAAGAGUAUGGGAAAUGCCUGCGAACGCAUUGUUGUAGUGGCAAAAGUACAGAGAGUUCCAUUGGCUCAGGGAAAACAUCUGGUUCUCGAACUCCUGGACGCUACUCCACAGGCUCACAGAGCCGAAUUCGUAGAAUGUGGAAUGACACGGUCCGAAAGCAGUCAGAGUCUUCCUUCAUUACUGGAGAUAUAAACAGUUCAGCGUCACUCAACAGAGAGGGGCUUCUGAACAAUGCCAGGGAUACAAGUGUCAUGGAUACUCUACCACUGAAUGGUAACCAUGGCAAUAGUUACAGCAUUGCCAGUGGUGAAUACCUGAGCAACUGUGUGCAAAUUAUAGACCGUGGCUAUAACCACAACGAGACCGCCCUAGAGAAAAAGAUUCUGAAGGAACUCACUUCCAACUAUAUCCCGUCUUACCUUAACAACCAUGAGCGCUCCAGUGAACAGAACAGGAAUCUGAUGAACAAGCUGGUGAAUAACCUCGGCAGCGGGAGUGAAGAUGAUGCCAUUGUCCUGGAUGAUGCCACCUCCUUUAACCAUGAGGAGAGUUUGGGCCUGGAACUCAUUCAUGAGGAAUCUGAUGCUCCUUUGCUUCCCCCAAGAGUCUACUCCGCGGAGAACCACCAGCCACACCAUUACACCAGAAGGCGGCUCCCCCAAGACCACAGUGAGAGCUUUUUCCCUUUGCUAACCAACGAGCACACAGAAGAUCUCCAGUCACCCCAUAGGGACUCUCUGUACACCAGCAUGCCGGCCCUGGCUGGUGUGCCUGCCACAGAGAGCGUUACCACCAGCACCCAGACCGAACCCCCACCGGCCAAAUGUGGUGAUGCCGAAGAUGUUUACUACAAAAGCAUGCCAAACCUAGGCUCCAGAAACCACGUCCAUCAGCUGCACACCUACUACCAGCUAGGGCGCGGUAGCAGUGAUGGAUUUAUAGUUCCUCCAAACAAAGAUGGGACCCCUCCAGAGGGCAGUUCAAAAGGACCAGCUCAUUUGGUCACUAGUCUAUAGAAGAUGACACAGAAAUUUAAGCCAACAGAACUGCUAACACCUGGUUGACUGUUCUGAGUUGAUAUAAGCAGUGGUGAUAAUGUGUGUACUCCUAAAUCUUUAUGCUGUUCUUGAGAGACAAACACAAACUUUCAGACUUUUUUUUUUUUUUAACUGGGAUUUUUAGGUCAGCCCAGGGGAGAAAGAUAACUGCUGAAAUUCCCCUGUGCCCUCUCCUUUCCUGUCUUUCCCCCUCAGAUGGAGACUUCAUUAUGUUAAUGAACGAGAUACGAAGAAAAUGGCACUCAUUGUGGCCUUGUUGAAUUCUGUUGUGUUUGUUCUAACAUCUCUGAUGCUCUGUUACUAUAAUAACAAGGACCUGAUUUUUAAAAGGCCAGAAUGGUUGUUUGAAAUUAGUAACAGUGCUGCAUCUAGAUUGGAGUGCUGCACAAACAUAAAAACAAAGCAAAACUGCAUCACAUAGCGGUUUUUAGUCACUCACAACCUGAAUUCACCGCAGCAGGAAUAGCUGUGGAAUACAAGAUAAAACAACAAAAUAAUGAAAUGGAGGGGAAUUCUAGAAUUAUAUGCUAAAUGCAUAUUUUAUGAUUUGCUGUAUUAACUGAUGAUAAAACUAAUGGCAGAAAAAAAUUGAACAAUUUCUAUGUAAUGUACAGAUACUAGCAUUGCACAUAUAGUCAGCUUUCUGUUCCUCCAGAAUUUGAGUCCUGUUAAUGUAGUGGAAAAAAAGAGAUAUUUUCUUUUUCUUUCGUGCUGGUCUUGCAAGUUUGUCUACCAGUAAGAGAGCAAAGUUUCCUUCCUUUCUUCUUUCUUUUCUUUCUUCCUUCAUUUUCUUUUCCUUUUUUCUCUCUUUUCCUUUUUUCUUUCUUUCUGCUGUUUUUCUUUCUUUCUUU